UCUGCUGGGCUUGGUACGGACUCUCUGGAGUUUGUGUCCCGGGGCUGUGUGCUCAGACUUGACCAUGUUUGGGCAUGGAGGCUUGUCCCAGAUGGGGACCAAAGGCCGCUUUCCCAGAGAUGGGCUGGCAGCCCAAUCUUCCUGCUGCGGCUCAGGCAGCCUCUUUUGGGGUGGGGGCUGGGGGCCAGGCCCAAAGUCUCUGCCUGCUGAAGACUCCAGGCCACCAGACACUAAAUGACCACUGCCUGCCGUGGACAUGGGGAAGAAGCUGGUGAUGGCCCAGAAGCGGGGAGAGACUCGAGCCCUUUGCCUGGGUGUGGCCAUGGUGAUGUGUGCCGUCAUCGCCUACUAUAUCCUGGGCACGACCGUGCUGCCCCUCUACCAGAAAAGCGUGUGGACCCAGAAAUCCACGUGCCAUCUGAUUGAGACCAACAUCAGGGGACAGGAGGAGCUGGGGGGGAAGAAGGUGCCACAGUACCCGUGCCUUUGGGUCAAUGUGUCAGCUGUGGGCCGGUGGGCUGUGCUGUACCACACAGAGGACACUCGGGACCAGAACCAGCAGGUACUGAUGGGGGUGAGGGGGGUGGGGAAGGGCACGUGUCCCCUUGCCCCCGGCAUGUGUAUGGGUCUCUUCCUAACUGAAUCCACAUCCCCACUCUGGAGGGAGGAGGCUGAGAGAGCUGAGCCUACUUGACAAGGGUCCGCAGUUGGUAUGAGGUCCAGCCAGACUUAGCAGCUCUGGGUUGGAGUCAGACAGACCUGGGUUUGAAUCCCCACUCUGCCACUAAGUGCUGUAUGACCUGGGUGCCCACUAUCUGAAGUGCUCUUACGACGUCAGAGGCUGUGUGGUGUGCUGAGCUCCAGGUCAGGUGGAUGGCAGCCACCUCUAUAAGGUGAGUCCAGUGCGAGGCUGACCAGAGCUGACCCCACGGAGGAGAACCCCUGAGACCAGCCCCUGCUCCUUGAAACCAGGAGCCCAGGGCUGAAGCAAUCUCUGGAGGCCAGUGCUUGGGAGAUUUUGCCAUCACUGCCUCUCCACACCGCCCUCCCCAACCCCUCAUCCUAUCCCUUCCUCCAGAAAAUACAAGUUGGCCAUAUCCAUUCACUCAUUCAUUCAUUCAUCUAGUGGUCACUGAGCACUUCCUGUGUUAAGAGCUCUGGACUCAGGAGGAGAGAGCUCACAUGGGAAGUAAUACCUAAUGGGUGGGGGGGGGGUGGUCAGUGCCAGAGAGAGGAACAGAGAACAUUAUGAGGUUGAAGGCAGGAGUGACUUUUCCAGCCAAUAAUGAGGUGAGGGUGUCAGAAGAGCGUUUGGGUCAGGCUUUAAAAAUCAAGCAGGUGUUAGAUACACAGAAACAUGAGGGCAGCAUGCCUGACGAGGGGAGGGCAGAGACCACGGCAUGGUGGGAGGAAGGGCCUAGAAGAGACGGGACUGGAAGGGGUGCUGAGGUCACUGACACAAGGGACAGGUGGGCUCCACACGACCCAAUUAUGGAAGCAGAAAGCUUUUUGUUUCUGG